CAGCGCACGUGCCACACGAGUUACUGAUUUAUAAGAGUACACCCGACCAGACGUACGUAGUCCAUUCAAGUUGGAGCUGUCUGCACCGGUCGUCACAACUGUCUACAAUGUCUACACAGUCCAGUACCUUGGCAGGGAAGACUUUAUUCAUCACAGGAGCGAGUCGUGGUAUUGGUAAAGCUAUAGCCUUGAAAGCUGCAAGGGGUGGAGCUAAUGUUGUCAUAGCAGCCAAAACCACAGAGCCACACCCCAAGUUACCUGGUACCAUCUAUACAGCUGCCAAGGAAGUGGAGGAGGCUGGAGGGGCGUGUCUGCCGUGUCAGGUGGACAUUCGAUAUGAGGAUCAAAUAAAGGCCGCUGUGGAGGAAGCGGUGGCUAAAUUUGGCGGGAUCGACAUACUGGUCAAUAAUGCUAGCGCCAUCAGCAUGACCGGAACACUGGACACUGAGGUGAAGAAGUUUGACCUCAUGAUGGGAGUCAACGGACGGGGCGCGUUCCUAUGUUCAAAAAUAUGUCUCCCCUACCUAAUGAAAAGCAGCAACCCACACAUCCUCAGUAUCAGCCCCCCUCUCAACCUGAACAGUCGUUGGUUCAAAGAUCAUGUUGCCUACACGAUGGCCAAAUACGGGAUGUCCAUGUGUGUGCUAGGGAUGGCGGAGGAGUUCCGGUCAAAGAACGUAGCCGUAAAUGCCCUUUGGCCACGGACUGCUAUAUACACGGCGGCCGUCCAGAUGAUUUGCGCGGACAACAAAGAAAUCAUCAACGAGUGUCGCAAACCUGAAAUAAUGGCGGACGCGGCCUACACCAUCCUGACAAAGGACAGCAAAACUUACACAGGGAACUUCGCAAUUGAUGACGAGAUCCUUCGUGAUGCGGGUGUGACGGAUCUCAGCAAGUAUUCCUGUGUAGAAGGUGGAAAACUAUCCCUGGACUUUUUUCUGGAGGGAGACGUUCCGGGUCAGGAGCUGAUACAGCCUGCUUAGAGAUAUAAUUCUGCUGGUUGUAUCUCCGCGG